AUGGCGACUCGAGCAUCAAUGAUGCAGCCCAUACCUGCUGAGAUCAAAGUGGGUGUGAGAUGUCAGGUACUUGGAAAGUUCAUGGGCACUGUCAAGUUCGUUGGGGGAACAAAAUUUGCUGCUGGCCCAUGGGUUGGCGUGGAGCUGGACGCAGAAGAGGGCAAAAACGAUGGCACAGUUCAGGGCGAAAGGUACUUCCAGAGCAAACCAGGACACGGCAUCUUCGCUAGGCCCAACUCAGUGAGGCCUGAACCAUCCUUAACCGCAUUUGCUAUGCCAGGCGAGAUGCCAGAAACCCCUGAGAGUGUGCAGGCUGCGCCAGAAUCGCCCGGCGAGUCUACACCGUCAAAGAUGUGGACACGCAGAGCCAGCAUAGAACCUGAUCUUAGGCAAGACAUUUGCGUUGAAGAGCGGGUUGACUUGAUUAGCCUUCUCAGCGGAUGUGCAGACGAGGUACAGACCUUGACUGAGGCAGUGGAUAGAGUUGCUUUGCUACUGCAAGCCACCCCUGAGGAGCCCAGGCCUGCUUCAGAGGCACCGUGCAGCCACGAAACGACGUUGAUGCAUUUGGUUCUGCAUCAGAUCUGGAGUGGUGCUCAAACGGAGGGCUCUUGCUACUUCCAAAAUCACGCUUAUUUGAAGCUGUUUGGUCAUACGCAGGUCGUUCUCUUGCUACUUGAGAUGAGGGCGGAGAGUUACAAGACCACGGACCUUGGAGUCACACCUCUACAGUGGGCAACUAGCAAGGGGCACACUGAGACUGUGCACUUGCUGGUGGAUACGAACCGGUGCUCAAGACAGGGUGGCGCUACAGUGCUGCACUCUGCAGCUGAGGAAGGCAAUGUAGAUAUGGUGCGCUUGCUUGUGAUGGGUGGAGGGCAGACCGAUGCAGUGACAACGGCAGAUGGUUCAACACCUUUGCACGCUGCAAGUCGUCACAGUCAUACUGCGGUGGUUCGCUUGCUACUCGAGCUCAGGGCAGCGACAAGGCGACCAGAGAUUAUGGCCUUACCCGCCUUACCCCUCUUCAUUUUGCGGCCAUGCUAG